GAUAAUAUUAUCUUGGCGCCUUUUCGUUAUUGUAAGGUCAUGGCCAUUCUUCUCUUUCUUGUAUGACUAGUAGCAAAACUAACUAGUGCCACCGUCAAGGCGUGUGCAAAAUUAAAUAUACGAUCAUAAUAUCUAAUAUUUAACCUUUAUACGUCGACUAAGAGUGUGCAUCAGACCCUUCUUCGCCUAAGGUGGCUCUGAGUGGCUGAGAAACAAAGAAUAUGCUGGCAUUUCUCUCAACCAGAACAGGUGGUGUUCUUCCACCAACACUUGUGUUUGGACCCAACGUAAAAUGGUCGAAGAAUUCGAGACGUUUAAGGAUGUUUGCUGGUGAAUUUCCAGAUUUUCUGCCUAAACAAGUUGAAGAUAUCAAAGACCUUUAUGCUAGAAAGUUGGCUUCAAGAAUUGAGAGACUGCCUGUAGACUUAUCGAAGGGAUGUGUCAUGAGUAGUUGUGUGAAGCCAGAAGAACAGACACAGACCAAUCCAGUUGUGCUUCUCCAUGGUUUUGAUAGUUCAUGUUUAGAGUGGAGAUACACUCUUCCGAUGCUUGAGGAGGCUGGGUUGGAGACAUGGGCAGUUGAUAUCCUUGGAUGGGGUUUCUCUGAUUUAGAAAGGCUUCCGUCAUGUGAUGUAGUUUCCAAGCGUGAUCAUCUUUACCAGCUGUGGUCUACCUACAUCAAGAGGCCAAUGGUACUUGUUGGACCUAGUCUUGGAUCUGCGGUUGCUAUUGACUUUUCUGUCAAAUAUCCAGAAGCAGUUGAUAGGCUGGUUUUAAUUGAUGCAAGUGUUUAUACGGAAGGUACUGGAAACCUUGCAACCUUACCCAAAGCCGUAGCUUAUGCUGGGGUCUACUUGUUGAAAAGUGUCCCACUUCGCUUAUAUGCAACAUCAUUAGCUUUCAAUGGCUUACCAUUAGAUACCUGCAUAGACUGGACAAAUAUUGGCCGCUUACAUUGUUUAUUACCUUGGUGGGAGGAUGCUUUGGUGAAUUUCAUGACCAGUGGAGGUUACAAUGUCAUUUCUCAGAUAGAACAUGUCAAGCAAAAAACACUAAUAAUUUGGGGUGAAGAUGAUCAGAUUAUCGACUACAAACUAGCAGUGAGAUUGCACUGUGAACUUCCUAAUGCAAUUCUGCGCCAAAUACCAAAGUGCGGCCAUAUCCCUCAUGUGGAGAAGCCUGAUGCUGUCUCCAGGUUGAUAGUGGACUUUGUUCGCGAUGACCAAUCACAAAAGGCAAAUCCUGAAUCGGUCUCUACCAUCUCAGUUGCAGCUUGAUUGCUGGUACUUGUACGAGCAGAUAGUUAGCAUAUCUCACGCGUGAAUAUCCUUCUUCCUGAUUCUACUUAGCGAUGAGGUUAGUUUGCCAGCUUCAAUGGUGAAUAUGCUCUCAUUCUUUGAGCACCGUCGACCAGUAUGGCCUUCAUAUUGGUUAUCAAUGGUGCUUUGGUGCUUUGGCAUCCAGUAGAGAAGUGUAAUAAACUGAAUACUCAAGCAGAGAGUAUUAGCUUAUUGCUUUAGCAUUCUGGUGGUCAUCAGUCCGUACUAGUAGUUGUAGUAUCGCCCCUAUAGUUUCGGGUCCUUCGAAUUCUGUUAUUAUUUGUUGUCUUGUCUUGUACUUUGACUAUCAUUUUAGUUUGUUGUAGUUAUAGUCCUCUACUAUUUGAGGUUUUUGUUACUAUUUGUUAUUUCUUGUACAGUACAAGUUGUAUUUUUAUUAUUUCUGGAUUGCUUUA